UAAAAGGAGGCAAACCUCGUGUCUCCUGCAGCCUGUACUCACUGUCCUCUCCAGACUUCCAGUGAAGAGCCGACAUUUGAUCAGAGAGGAGCCGCUGUAACUUCACCCUGCUGUCUGCACUGCACCUCCCGGAAACUCGCAAAACACCGAGAGGGAGGAAAAAGUUCCUCAAAGAAUCAUGUUGUCCUUGAUGUUUCUGCUCCUGAUUGUUCCACGUGUGCUCUUGUCCUCGACACAUGUGGCAGUGAUCUCCCCUCAGGACCCCGUCCUGCGUAUCGGCUCCAGCCUGACGGCCACCUGCACCUUGAGCCCGGAGCUCGGCCUGCAGGCCAGCUCUCUGUACUGGACCCUGAACGGGAUGAGUGUGUGCAGCAGCAGCUACAGCUUGCUGAGCCCCGACACCCUGAGCGUCACGCUGCACAACCUCAACGGCUCCCAGCAGCAGUCCGGAGACAACCUGGUGUGUCACAGAGCAGAUGGGCAUGUCCUGGCCGGCUCCUGUCUCUAUGUGGGCAGGCCUCCAGAAAAGCCUGUAAAUCUAACGUGUUGGUCCCGCAACACGAAGGACCUGAGCUGCAGGUGGAGCCCGGGGGGGCAGGGUGAGACCCACGUCCGAACCAAAUACACCCUCAAGUACAAAUUGAGGUGGUACGGCAGAGAGAAGGAGUGUGAAAUGUACGGCACAGGGAAGCAGCGAUACUCCUGCUACAUCCCCCGCAACCUUGCCCUCUUCACCCCGUACGAGAUCUGGGUUGAGGCAGCCAAUCAGCUGGGCUCGGCCACCUCCGACAUCACAACCCUAGACAUCCUCGAUGUAGUGACCACUGACCCUCCUGCCAACGUGCAGGUGAGUCGUGUCGGCGUCCUGGAGGACCAGCUGACGGUCCGCUGGGCUAGCCCCCCCGAGCUCAAGGACGUCCUGUUUCAGGCCAAAUACCAGAUACGAUACAGACUGGAGGACAGCUCUGAAUGGAAGGUGGUGGAUGAUGUCGGUAACCAGACGUCUUGUCGGCUGGCAGGCCUCCGUCCCGGGACCGUUUAUUUUGUCCAGGUGAGAUGCAAUCCUGUGGGCAUCUAUGGCUCCAGGAAGCCCGGCAUCUGGAGCGACUGGAGCCAUCCGGCCGCUGCUUCCACUCCCAUCAGUGAGAGGCUGCAGAGCGGCUCCUGCGAUCCAAAGCCCGGCGAGCAGAACUCCACCCUGCGGCGGGAACUCAAGCAGUUCUUCGGCUGGGUCCGCAAGCAUGCGUCCGGCUGCAGCGGCAUGUCAAUCAAACUGUACGACCAAUGGAGGGUGUGGCUGCAGAAAACACAGAAAACACGCAACCAGGUAGAUUCUUCAAGACGAUAAUUCAUAGCAGCGCCGCUCAGCACCACUGUGGUGUUUUGAUUCAAGAACAGCAUCAAGAAACACUGACACAUAACCGGCCCCGAGGGUCCUAGCUGUGUGAGGGGUCAUCGGCCCCGACUGAGUGAUACUGCAGUGUUUGUCAGACAGACUUAACUUCAGUUUAAAGGGCCCGAGUGGAGGAUAACCGAAGUCAGACAAUGCUGCCCUUUUUCUGCCAUUUCCGCUGACCAAAUCUGUCCGUUAGAUCAGACUGCACACACACAAAUGUUACGGCCCUCAGUAACUGCACUUUUAUUGUAAAAGAAAGUUAUCGUCACAGUUUUUUAAUACUUAAGUUAAGAUUAUUACGUUUGUAAUCAUACUUUGAUGUCAAUUAAUACUAAAGCAUUAUUUAAGUAUAUGUAUAUGAAAAACAGAAUUGCAAUGGCAGUAACAUGAAGGAACAAAAUGUACAAAACAACCCUUGCUUAGGCCUCCAUCAAUCAAUUAUUUUACAUUCUAUUUUAUCUGCUGAUUAGUUUCUUAAAUCAAUUUAUCUAGAAAAACAUUAUUUCCUAACGACGUGUUCAAAUGUUUUGUUUUGUCCGACAAUCAGAUCAAAGUCAAAAGAUAUUUAAUAUAACUGGAACUCAGUUAUAUUUGGAUUUUUAUGCAAAAAUAUGACUUUACCAGAUAUAUCAAUUAUCUGGCGUGCAAUUUCUAGGGAUCAGACAUCUGAUUUGAAACCACUUGCAGUUGAAUUUAGACCUUUCUAAACAGCAGCAAGUGUUUCAGUAAUUGUAUCCCUGGGAAUUAAGGAUCACUGUGUGUAAAAUGUGUAUGCUCCUGUGUAGUACACCAUUUGUUUGAAGACAUUUUCAUACUGUUUAUAUUUUCAUAACUGCAUUGUUUUUUCAUCUAAGUUAUAUUCUUGUACUGCACCAGUAGUGCCUCUGAAAAUACUCUGUGUAAUAAAACAUG